AUGGGCGCCAAACCCUCAUCUCCCAGCGGCCCCGAGGCCGCAGCGCAGCAGCAGGCACCCCAGAAAUCGCUCUACCGGCGCUACGCCGACGCCAAGAGCGGCCGCAACGCUUCGCUCUCGGACGAGGACGUCAAGAACUGCGUUGUUGGGCGUUGCUGGGCCGAGACGCGGCCCGGCGUCGCGGGGAACCAGGUCGCCGGGAAGAUCGACGCCGGCCCCGCGUCGGGGCUCGGCGGGCUGGCGGCCGCGUCGGGAUAUGGCGGCUGGGGCACGGAUGCGGCUGGGAAGCUGAAGUUCCCGCCGCGGCCGAGGGGGGAGGGGGAGGGGAAGUUGGGUGGGGAGACUGAGUGA